AUGGCUCGUACGAGAUUCGUGGCCGUGGCCGCCCUGGCCAUUUUGGCCCUGGCCACGCCCACCCUCGCGGGCCGCACACUGAAGGACGCCGCAGCGGUCCCGAACAACAGGUUCGGCGGCGGGAUCCUCGCACUGCUUCUCGGCAACACCGACGGCUCCGUCAGUACCUCCCCCGGCGGCACACUCUCCGAAGGCACACCCCUCGGCAGCGUGCUCAGCCCCGUCACCAGCGCCGCGGGCAGCAUGCAGCCCGGCGCGACCGGCUCAGCCGUCGGCAUCCUGACCGGCGUCACCUCCAACCUGGGUGGCACCGUCACCAGCCUGGGCGGGUCCCUCACCAGCACCGUGAACAGCCUCCCCGUCGUCGGCCCCACUGUUGGCCCCACUGUUGGCGGCCUCCUUGGCCCCGUCACCAACACCGUGGGCGGGUUGACCACCGGCCUCCUUGGCGGAAGGUGA